AUGGUCAUCACCAUUGCCGGAGCCGACACGACGGCCUCCGUCCUGACGGCCCUCAUCUGCCGCGUUCUGCACGACCGGCCCAUCUUCGACCGCCUGCGCCGCGAGCUUGACUCGGCCAUGCCAGACCCGACGCAGCCCCCGGACCCGAUCAAGCUCGACGCGCUGCCCUACCUCAACGCCCUCAUCGAAGAGUGUCUGCGUCUGUACGCGAGCGCGACACACCGCCAGGACCGCGUCGCGCCGGACGAGGAUCUCAUUUUCCAGUACGCCGAUGGCAGCGGCACGGCGGUCAUCCCGCGCGGAACGAGCGUCGGCAUGACGGCGCGGAUGCUCAACCGCCACAGCGCGUGGUUCGGCGACGACGCCGACGAGUUCCGGCCGGAGCGCUACCUCGAGAACCCGGCGCUCCUGCGGCGCUCGUUGACCUUUUCCAAGGGCGGCAGGCAGUGCAUUGGCAUGAACCUGGCGUACCAGGAGCUGCAGACGUUCACGGCGGGCCUCUUUCGCCGGUACGGCGUCUAUGACCCGCAGGUCGAGGAGCAGGGCGGGCCGACGCUGGAGCUGUUCGAGACGACGCUGGAUGAUGUGAGGAUUCACGCGGAUUACGUGACGCCUGGGGCGCCGCCUGGCAGCCGUGGUGUCCGCGUGCGUGCGAGAUGGGAGUGA